GGCAAGGAGCAGCUUCCCCAGGGCAUCCUGCAGUCUCACCCCCAUGCACGCCGGCCAGAUGCUAGCUGGGCCAGCCGUAGUGUUCCUUUCCCUGACCUGGAGCACUUACCACAGCCUGGCUGUCCCCCAGAUUGCAGAAUGUGGCCUCUCCUGUUCUCAGGGCUUCACCUGCAAGAGCCGAGUGAGCCGGAACAUUUUUAACAGCUUCUGCCGGCAACCCCCCACGUCCAUGUCCCCGUCGGUCCUGGAGGCCCUGACACUCUCCACGGCCAUGAAGUGUGCCCCCCACAAGGGCUGCUCCCUGCUCCUGCGCGUGCAGGCUUCCCUCACACUGCAUGAGAGCCUGCGGGGCUUGGAGGCCUGCUCCAUGAAUCUCGACACCCAGGAGACUCAGUGUCAGAGUGUGAGGGUCUCCAGGGCCUCCCGUCGACGGCAGGUGGGGCGGCAGCUCCAGGUGCAUUUUGAUUGCUUCGAAGUGAGUGUGGCUCAGAGCCUCUACGUCACCCUGAGGACCGUCCCCCACUUCUGUGGGGUCCAGCUGGACCAGCAGUACCAUGUGGAAGACUGCAGAGACGAGGACGUGGGGAGGAACGUGCCUGUCUGCUUUGCCGAGAAGUUCUCCUACUGGGUGGACCGCAGCCGCAAGGUCAUUCUGGUCCAGGUGCCCGAGGCCCCCGGGGCCCCCGACUACUACGUCCGGCUCUGCCUCAAGUGGUUCGCCUGCGAGGAUGUGGGUGCCCCCGUGCGGGUGACAGUGAACAGGAUGUCCCGCACCGUGUCUCUGCCCUACAGUCAAGAACUGCCCUGCCUGUGCCUUGAGGGCUGGUCUGCGACCCCUGACGCCGUGCGGAUGCAGGCCUGUCCCUUCGAAGAUGAGACACAGGCCCUGUGGGACGCCAUCCGCUACCACCCGGGGGACCAGGCACUGAGCUGGGAGCCUGCCUGUCCCGUGAGUGGUCACGUGAGCCUGUGCUGGCGCCCGGGGCCAGGGGCCCUCUGCCACAGCCUGGAGCACUCCGGCCGGCCGGCGCACGGCAGGGUGCAGUACCCGCUGGUGGACACACAGCCCCAGCUCUGCCUGAAGUUCUCCACCAGCCGGGGCUUCUGGGUGAGGUGCCCUUUCCACGAGCGAGGCUUCCAAGCCUGGAAGAUGACCGUCCAGCCAGCAGCUUCUCAGGGCCACCUCCGGGUCACCUUCUUCUCGCCCAGCGCUGCCCAUUUCCAGGUGCACCUGUGUCGCCAGAGGAAGUCACGGCCCCCCGCCUGCCGCCCGGCUCUCCUGGCCACAGCCCGCCCCUUGGCCUCAGGGGACCUCACGGCUGACCCUGUGGUCGCCUUUGUGAACAUUCCCAGGGACAAGGCAUGUGUGCCCGGCACCUGCAUCCAGGGCUGGAGGACCGAUGUGCUCUUCUCCGCCCCCCAGCAGCUCUGUGACCUUCAGUGCAGUGAGUGCCCCCGCUGGGUCUCGGGCCCCAGGGCUGCGGGAGGCCGAGGGCUGGACUCCAACCUCAGCUCCGAGCCUGAUCGCUCUGCCACCCAGGGGACAGCAGACUGA